UAAGCGGCAGUUAUGGAGGAAGAAGUUUGUGCAAGUGAGACAGAUUAUAGAGUACACGUCAAAUCAAAAGCCAUCGUUCGUGAACAGCUUGAAAAGUAUAAAGACUUGUUUAAGAAGUUGCUAGAUGGCCAAGGUCAAAUUUCCGAAGAGGACAAGGCCAAGUUGCUGCAAGAAAUGGUUGUGAAUUUUGAGUUUACAGUACAAGAAAAUAUACUUAUUGGUGGCUUAUCAUGGGAUGAGGCAUCAGAGGACUAUUGUGAAGACCAUGGGAACCAGUUAAAUGACAUACUGGAUGAGAAGAUUGUAGAGACCGCUUGGAAACGCAGCUCCUAUCCAAAGCAAAUACGCAACCAAGUUGUGCGUUCAUUGAGAGCGAAGAGAAAGAUUAUGGGUUUGUAUGAACAAGCAGUAAAGCCAGAGGACAUAAAGCCAGACCCUGUUCAAGAAGCUAUCAUGAAAAAUGUAUCUACCAGUGCCCCAACAAUGUUCAAACAAGCCAGUGCUGUUAUGAAGUCUUUGAAAAGUCUAAAGCAGUCAGCUGAGGGUUUGCGUCAAGUGCUCGAUAUGAAGCCUUCAGCGGAGUCGGUGGAAAUCUACAGAGAAGUUUUAGGCGGGCCACUGGGAGCUGCUUGUCCUGAUCUCCAUCACAGGCUUCCGUCUACAAUCGAAAGAGCUGUGUCUGAUGCAGAAUACAGUGCAGAUUAUGUACCGGCUUCAAAAAUCAUCCAUAAUGAGACUAAUGAUAAUAUGUGUGUGUAAGGUAUUGUUUACGUGUAAUGUUUUGUAUGCUGACAUGUAUUGUGUAACAAAUUUGCACAGCAGAAAAACUUUGUGGAUAUUGUUUAUACCUAAGUAAGUGUGUCACUAUUUUCUGUUUUCCUUCCACUCCAAUAAAUUACGUUUUUAGAGAACUGAUGUGGUCCAGAUUCACACCACAAGGUGUUAUUGGUCUACCAAAGGUUUGACACUGACCCUUGAUUC